AUGGGUGCAAAUCUUUCAAAGGCUAUGGGCAAGAUUUUUGGGAACAAGGAGAUGCGGUUGCUCAUGUUGGGCUUGGAUGCGGCGGGCAAGACAACGAUUCUCUACAAGUUGAAGCUGAACCAGUCCGUAACGACCAUCCCAACUGUCGGCUUCAACGUCGAGACAGUCACGUAUAAGAACGUCAAAUUCAAUGUAUGGGACGUCGGAGGCCAAGAUAAAAUCCGACCGCUCUGGAGACACUACUACACAGGCACUCAGGGUCUUGUCUUCGUCGUCGACAGCCAGGAUCGUGAACGAAUCGACGAGGCGAAGCAGGAGCUGCACCGGAUAUUGAGUGACCGCGAGAUGAAGGAGUGCCUACUGCUCGUGUUUGCAAACAAGCAGGACUUGCCAGGAGCCAUGUCACCCGCGGAGGUCACUGAGAAGCUGGGUCUACACAGAAUGCGCGACCGGUCGUGGUACGUGCAUCCAAGCUGUGCGACAACUGGUGAGGGUCUGUUCGAGGGUCUCCAAUGGCUGUCACAAAACGUCAAGAAGCGCCAGCAGUAG